UACGAUCUAAAGUGACAAAUGGCCGGCCCCCGAGUCUAGCCGACCACCAACCCCUUCUCUUGUUUCUCCUAUCAGUUUCUUGCCUAUGAUGGCACAGCCCUCACCACAACCUCAACCCAAUAUCUUGCAACCAUCACCUUUAUCCGGCAGCUCCGCUUAUUGGAACGGCAUAUCUGCGAGAGCCACCGGAUCUGGUACCAACACGCCAACUGGCUCCACUUACCUGAUGCCUACCAGUCCUGCCAAGAACGCCCUCCCUUCCAAGGAUGCUUUGAGGCCCAAAAUCCUCAAGACAACCGGUCAAAAACCGGCAUGUCUGGUCAAUGCCUCCGUCACGUAUUGUGGCAAUGAACAGAUCUAUGCCUUUGGUGGCUUUGAUCAGUUCACAGACGAGGUGUAUAAUCACGUGCUGAGGUUGAACCUGAAGACGCUAAAUUGGGCGCUAGUGGACAAUUACGGAGACAUUCCUGGUGUGCGGAUGGGCCAUUCAGCUUCGCUUUACCAGGGUGACAAACUCCUUGUCUACGGUGGAGAGAACGAACAUCGGGAAUACUUGUCUGAUGUUGUCAUUCUAGACCUCAAAACACAUCACUGGACUCAACCAGAUGUCCAAGGUCCAAUCCCAAAAGGUCGUGCCAGACAUGCCGCUGUCGUCUAUGAAGACAAAUUGUUUGUCAUUGGAGGUCUCACAGGUGAAGCUAAUUACAUCCUCGACGACAUAUGCUAUCUGGAUCUCAAGACAUGGACAUGGUCCAAGACAUGGAGUUUCGUCCAGAGAUUCGACCACAGUGCCUGGAUCUGGGGCGGGCGACUUUGGGUGCUGGGCGGCCUCGGUGUCGACAUGGAACGGCCAUCCGAAAUAUGGUGGCUCGACCUGAAAGGCAGUCCAGCUCUAUCUGGCUCUGGAAGACAGUACUCAACAAUGGGACGAAUGACUGCCACUGGUCGACAAGAUCCAUGGUUACAACCCAGCAGGGCCGACCGUAUCGACACAUACGUGGCGAACUCAGGCAGCGUCCACAUCCGCUCCUCACGUCGCGAGAAACCGACCGCACCAGGUGCAAUUUCAUCCCUGAAAUUCGUCUCUGGCCCUCACGUGCCGUUACAGUCCUGCGGCACGCAUUUCCACGUCUGCUCGUCAGGCGUCCUCCUCGACUUCGUCACCCCAUCGUCCACCAUCCGCCACAACGAAUGCAACUUGUCAUCCCUCGAGCUGGACUCGCUCAGAUGGCAGCGCCUGGUAGAAGGCCCCGAGCUCUUCCAACCCGGUUACAAGUGGCAUUACUGUACAAUCAAUGAAGACGGCACCAAAGUCUGGCUCCUCGGUUCUCCUGCAGAAGACCCCGCAGCAACAAGCCAGGACCUGCAACUGAGCGAGAUUCUAGCAGUCGAUCUAAAGAGAUACGGCCUGCUCGGCACGCAAGACUCCACUCUGUCUUCCGAGCAAAACCGCAUCCUCGCAUCUGAACGCCAAACUGUCCACGCCGAUCCCUUCACUACUGGUGCAGGUCUUGGCUCGGACUUUGCCAACAUUUUCGACCAGCCGCCCGAGUCCAACAGUCUCAGUGACUUCACCAUAACAGCCAACAUAGAAGCUCUCGACGACGAUGCCGUCUCCGAAACCGGCUCUGCCUCUCAGGCUCGUUUCUCCUUGAACUCGACUAGCAGUCAGAUGUUCGUGUCGGAGUCCUCCAACAUCUCUCAACCCAUCCACGUGCACAAAAUGAUCCUGCAAGCACGCUGGCCGCAUUUUCGCCGUCUCUACGCCUCCAAAAUGGUCGAGUACCAGACGUCGCGCCUGCACAUUCCCGAACCAUAUUCUGUCGUCCGCGCAUUCCUCUACUAUUUGUACACCGAUAGCAUCGCCCCACAUCCUGUGUUCUGCAAAGACCUGACCGACGUGGCUGGCAUGUUGGUUAUGGCAGACCUGUACGAUAUGCCGAAACUGCGUCUGCUCUGCGUGAACCGCCUAUCGCGCGAGAUUGACAUUGAGAACGCCGCCGUGAUUUGGGAACGCGCGGGACGCACCGAGGAAGAGUGGUUGAAAUCCCGAGCAGCUCGAUUCUGUCUGAUGAACUGGGGCCGCGUCGUAAGGACCGAAGCGUUCAGAACUCUCAGCCGCCCGAAGCUUAUGGAACUUUGCGAAGUCGUCGAUACGGAAGGCAGGGUCGUUGGUGGUGAGGAAUUGGACGACGCUGGCAUCGAUGGCUUUAGUGUCGCUGGGUCUUCUAGGCACCGCAGGCGGAGUCAUCGGCCUAGCGAGACUGCAGACGAGACGGAAGGUGAUGAUGAGGAUGGGAUGGAUAUGAAUUGAGCUGCAUCGGGUUCGAGGAACGUAUGCAUCACACGGC